UCAAUAGCGCUAGGGGUAUACAUAGUUUUUGGUUACAGGGAUGAAUUGGACAGUGGCAAAGUCCGAGGUUUUAGUGCACCCGUCACCUGAGUAGUGUAUGUGGUGCCCCAUGUGUGGUUUUUUAUCCCUCACUCCCCUCCCAACCUCCCUGCUUCUCAGUCUCCAGUGUCCUUUAUACCACACUAUAUACCUUUGGGUACCCAUAGCUUAGCUCCCACUUAUAAGUGAGAAUGUGCAGUAUUCGGCUUUCCAUUCCUGAGUUACUGCUCUUAGAACAAUGGCCUCCACUUGCAUCCAAGUUACUGCAAAAGACAUCAUUUCAUUCUUUCUCAUAGCUGAAUAGUAUUCCAUGGUGUCUAUCCACCACGUUUUCUUUAUUCACUUCUUGGUUGAUGGGUACUUAGGUUGGUUUCAUGUCUUUGAAAUUGUGAACUGUGCUGUGAUAAUAGGUCUUCAAACCAAAGAGGUUAAAUUAUUGACGCAAAGUCCUAGGAUGAGAGAGGGGCCAGGCCAGCAAGUGCUUGUUUGAAAACCCAGCCCAGUCUCACCCCAAAGCCAAAUCCCAGUGCUAAGUGACUAAAGGUGGUGAAUGGAACGUUCACAAAAAUGUGAAUAUGAAUAGCAUAGCUUGAGGCCUUUGUCAUUAGAGAGAUGCCACUGGGAACACCAAGCACCAUCUUCUCAAUUGUAAUGAAAACAACCCUAAGACCCUCCUGGUGGCUCAUGCCUGUAAUCUUAGCACUUUGGGAGGAUGAGGCAGGUGAAUCAUUUGAGGUCAGGGGUUCGAGACCAGCGUGGCCAACAUGGUGAAACCCUGUCCCUAUUAAAAUUUUUUUAAAAAAUAGCCAGGUGUGGUGGUGGGCAACUAUAAUCCCAGCUACUGGGAGGCUGAGGCAGGAGAACCACUUGAACCCAGGAGGCGGAGGUUGCAGUGAGCCGAGAUCAUGCCACUGCACUCCAGCCUGGGCUACUGAGCAAGACUCCAUCCCCCCCCGGAAAAAAAAGAGAAAAGAAAAGAAGAAAACUCCAAGCAAACCUUGAAAACUCCCAGUGCUGGCGAUUUUCUGGAGGAACUGGUUUACAGUUUGUCAGGUGUGCCUACGUCAUCAUCCUCAUGGCCAUUUACUGGUGCACAGAAGUCAUCCCUCUGGCUGUCACCUCUCUCAUGCCUGUCUUGCUUUUCCCACUCUUCCAGAUUCUGGACUCCAAGCAGGUGUGUGUCCAGUACAUGAAGGACACCAACAUGCUAUUCCUGGGUGGCCUCAUCGUGGCCGUGGCCGUGGAGCGCUGGAACCUGCACAAGAGGAUUGCCCUGCGCACGCUCCUCUGGGUGGGGGCCAAGCCUGCACAGCUGAUGCUGGGCUUUAUGGGUGUCACAGCCUUCCUGUCCAUGUGGAUCAGCAACACGGCUGCCACAGCCAUGAUGGUGCCCAUUGUGGAGGCCAUGCUGCAGCAGAUGGAAGCCACAAGCGCAGCCACUGAGGCCGGCCUAGGGGCCCUGGAGCUGGCGGACAAGGGCAAGGCCAACGAGCUACCAGGGAAACAAGUGAUUUUUGAAGGCCCUCCUCUGGGGCAGCAGGAGGACCGAGAGCGAAAGAAGAUGUGCAAGGCCAUGACCCUAUGUGUUUGCUAUGCGGCCAGCAUUGGGGGUACCGCCACCCUGACUGGGACAGGACCCAACGUGGUGCUCCUGGGCCAGAUGAACGAAUUAUUUCCUGACAGCAAGGACCUGGUGAACUUUGCCUCCUGGUUUGCAUUUGCCUUUCCCAACAUGCUGAUAAUGCUCCUGCUCUCCUGGCUGUGGCUCCAGUGUAUUUACAUGAGAUUCAAUUUUAAAAAGUCCUGGGGCUGUGGGCUAAAGAAGAGGAAUAAUGAGAAGGCUGCUCUCAAGAUGCUGCAGGAGGAGUACAGGAAGCUGGGGCCCUUCUCCUUCGCGGAGGUCAACGUCCUGAUCUGCUUCCUCCUGCUGGUCGUCCUGUGGUUCUCCCGAGACCCCGGCUUCAUGCCCGGCUGGCUGACUGUCGCCUGGGUGGAGGGUGAGACAAAGUAUGCCUCCGAUGCCACUGUGGCCAUCUUUGUGGCCAUCCUGCUAUUCAUUGUGCCUUCACAGAAGCCCAGGUUCAACUUUUGCAGCCAGACUGAGGAAGAAAGGAAAACUCCAUUUUAUCCCCCUGCCCUGCUGGAUUGGAAGGUCACCCAGGAGAAAGUGCCCUGGGGCAUCGUGCUGCUACUAGGGGGCGGAUUUGCUCUGGCUAAAGGAUGCGAGGCCUCGGGGUUGUCCGAGUGGAUGGGGAAGCAGAUGGAACCCUUGCACGCAGUGCCCCCAGCAGCCAUCACCUUGAUCUUAUCCUUGCUCGUUGCCGUGUUCACUGAGUGCACAAGCAACGUGGCCACCACCACCCUGUUCCUGCCCAUCUUUGCCUCCAUGUCUCGCUCCAUCGGCCUCAAUCCGCUGUACGUCAUGCUCCCCUGUACGCUGAGUGCCUCCUUUGCCUUCAUGUUGCCCGUGGCCACCCCUCCAAAUGCCAUCGUGUUCACCUACGGGCACCUCAAGGUUGCUGACAUGGUGAAAACAGGCCUCAUGAUGAACAUCAUUGGAGUCUUCUGUGUGUUUUUGUCUGUCAACACCUGGGGACGGGCCAUAUUUGACUUGGAUCAUUUCCCUGACUGGGCUAAUGUGACACAUGUCGAGACUUAGGGAGAGCCACAAGACCACGCACACAGCCCCACCCUCCUCAGGACUAUGGAACCCUCUGACACACUUUGCACAGAGUUUUGGGGUCACACCCCAAAGUGACUCAAUGAUGUCCACACGCCAUCAAAACCCAGCCAGUGGGCCAUCUCUUCCUCCAGGCCCAGAUGCAGAGAUGGGAAUGGGCAGCUGGAGGGCAGGCUCAGAAGUGAAGGGAACCCCUCAAGGGCGGCUGGACCCCUCUUUCCCAAGCCUUGCCUUUAUUGCUGUGAGGGCAGGUAGCUGAGGGAUCAGGAUGCAGGCUCCUGUACCCGCUCUGCCUCCAGCAUCCCCUACAUGGGGCUCUGGUUUUCACUCACUUAGUCCUAGGUAGUUUAAGUGGGAAUCAGAUCCUCUGGUUGAGAGCUAAGAAAACCACCUACCAGUGCCCAUGCCUCUCCCGGCUCACGUUGAGCUGCCUCAGUUCAUCUCUGUCAUUCUGAAGGGGACACCCCAGCCAGGGACAGAGUGCCUGGUCUGGAGCAGCCUCCCACUGCUGGAGUGAGAGGGAACCAGAGCCUCUCAGAGCCUCUUGCAACUCCUCAUGUGGCCACCACCAAAAAAAGGAUGAGGAAUCUGAGUUGUAACUUCAGGAUGACACCUGGCUUCCCACCCACAGCGCACCAGUGGCCAGCCUGCUCUUUUCAUGACUUCGUUCCGUUUUAAUUGACUGGACCCCUGUCCCACCUCCCCAGUGAGCCUCCUUCAACUCCUGGGACCCCUGUUGUCUGGGCUAACAUUUGCCGAGAUGCCCUGGCUGACAGCCUCUGGUGUCCCCCUUUUCUCCUAGGCAGGUCAUCUUUUCUGGGAGAUGUUUUUCCUGCCAUCCCCAAAUAGCUCAUAUCACACUCCAAGUAUGGGCAGUGAUGGCGCUCUGGGGGCCACAGUGGGCUCUCUAGGUCCUCCUUCACCUGAGGCCCAAAGUGGACACAGCUGUGAAUUUCCCCUAGCUAGGCCACUUCAGAGUCUUUCAUGCCAGACCGUGAGCUCCUCUGGGGAAAGCCUUCACUUUGUUGACUGGCCUUCACAGCCGUGCCUGGUGACAACAGAGGAUCGCUGAGAAUGAGCAGUGCUUGGUGGCCCCUCAGCAGACAACCCCUGCCCGUGAGCCAAUCUACUUGAAGUUACUUGGACAAAGACCCCAAAGUGGGGCAGCAACUCCACAGUGGCCGUUGGAAUCCUCAGAACUCUCCUGUAAGAUACAGACAUGAGAGACAAGUACCAUCUUGCCCCUGCAAGCCCAUUGUAUUUCCUUCUUGCGCUGCUCUGGAAGAGAGGCAGUAGCAGAUAGAUGAGCUCCUGGAUGGCAUUUUCCAGGGCACGAGAAAGUCUGAGAGCCUCAGGAAACCCCAUCAAGGACCAAGUGUGUGUCUGGUUCCUCGGGUGGGACAAUUCCUGACCUCACUGUCCGGGUCUUGCUCUCAUUAAAUGCUCUGUCUCCCCUGGAAA